UGGCCCCCACCCAUCGGGGUCCCAGAGCGGGGUUCACCCUGCCCUCCAUGCAGGGCGCUCUGCGGGACACCGGGAUACCUGGCCCCGGAGGUGCUGGAGCGCAAGGGCCACGGGCUGCACUCAGACGUGUGGGCGCUGGGCUGUGUCACGUACGCGGUGCUGACGGGCAGCCCACCCUUCGAGGCAGCGGGGAGGCAGGAGCUGUACCAGCGCAUCCGUGCGGCGCGGUACCCCCUGCCCAGCCGCCUCUCGCCCCGGGCCCGGUCUCUCCUCGCACAGCUGCUGGUCCCCGAGCCCACGGCACGACCCGGCCUGCAGGAUGUGCUGACCCACAAGUUCUUCACCCAGGGCUUCACGCCGGACACGCUGCCGCCCCACGCCUGCCACGCCGUGCCCGUCCUCAGCCUGCUGCGGGGAUGGCUGCGCUGGGGACGUCGUGCUGCAGCCACCUCCGGCCCCUGAAGGAGCACGGUUUCCUCGCCUGGACCUGAACCACGCAAGCAUCCGCUC